AUGUCUGAUGAUACGGAGGAAGUUGUGAAAGUGCUCUAUGAUUAUAAAUAUUCUGAUGAUACCGGCCAUGUAGAAAUAAAAACUGGUGACAUAUACAGGUUGAUUGAGAAAACGAACAACGAGUGGUGGCAGGUGUACGAUCCAUCUGAUGCAGACGGAGAAUCUUUCUUUGUACCAGCCAAGUAUGUGAAAAUUGUUUCUGAGAAAAGUCCAUGGAAAACUAUUUCUGAUUUAGAUAAAUUAUUAACAUUUGGUGUGAAUUUGGAUACGUCUGAAAAUCUUUCAGAAACAGAGGAAGAGGAAGAUACCUUUAGAGAUUCUGUUUUUAAAGAGUCAAGUGAAUCAAAUGGCUUAGAGUCAAAGAAACAGUCUCAGGAAGAAAAUAUAGAAGCUGAUUAUGCAAAUGUUCCAUACAAACCACCUGAUGCUGGAGAUGAUGGAGAGUAUGUUAAUUUGGAUCAGUUUAGGGAUGCGGCUGGUAUUCCCAUUCUGAAAGCUGAUGGUGUUUUGGGAUCUAGUGAGGCCAUUUCUCCUUCAGACACAUUAACAGACUUGUCUGAAACAUCACAAGAACUCAUUCAAGGGUCUGUACCCCCACCUUUGCCUGGGGAAGGAAAGUUUAUCAGAGUUCUUAUGAAAGACCAGCCAUGGGAUAUAUAUAAGGAAAAUGUUUUAGGAAGAUUAUAUUUUGUUAAUCGAGAAACAGGAGAGAGAGCGUGGAAGCCCCCAAGAAAGAUUGCUUCACCCUUAGACCAGUUAAAGCCUGCGCAGCCUGUUCAGUCACCCAGGCUUCCAGAGAUUAUUACAUCAGGAAGUCACUCAUGUGUAGCACUCAAUGAAGACUGGGUAGGGAUUCCGUCAGAGUAUGAGCAGGUGCAUGAUAAUGGCAGUGUAUAUUUUAUCCACAAGGCUACACAAGAUAAGUGGAAGACCUUAGUUGACAAAGUAGGCCGUCAAUAUUUUCACAAACUCGGCUCCAGUGACACACAGUGGACACUUCCCUCGGCCCCUGAUGUCCCUGAUAAAGAAAAUCUUUUAAGAACCACUGAAUUUCCAGUCCAGCAAAGAGAACGUAGGUGGGAACCAGUGGGCCAGCGUCUAAGCACAUUUGGAGGCCAAUCAAUGAGAGCUAACAAGGCUAAAUCAACAUAUGGCCAGAUAGAGACAACUGCAAGUAGUAAGGCUUCCACUCUGCCUGCAAACUUUCCUAGCGUCAAAUCCAUGCCAUCGAUCAAU